AUGGAUGACAUAGUAGAUUGGUCUGAACUUCCCAUUGAGUUAUGGCCCAAGAUCGGAAAAUCUCUGGAUAACCACGCGGAUGUUGUGAGGUUUCGCAGUGUUUGUGAGUCAUGGCGAUCUUCCAUCCCUCCCUCUCUUCCCAAUUCUCCUUCUUUUCCUAUGCAGAUUCCUCAGCCCAUAAACCAAUCCAUAGACACCGUGCUAAACCAAGCCACAGUCUUUAUUAUUGAACCAAGCCUUGGAGCCUCCAAUUUAGAGCCCUUGGCACCUUCUUCCAAAGGGUGGUUGAUCAAGGUUGAGGAAUCAAAGAAUCACGCCUUCGCUUUGCUUAGUCCAAUAUCCGAUCGCAAAAUCCUGUACCCUCAUGCCACCAGUUCUUCCAUGUCGUGGAACUUGUUGAACUAUAGGGUCAUUGAGUUAUGCAAAUCAUACACCAUUCACAGUCGCUUAUCUGCCACUGUGAGCAAAGUUGCGUUCUUUCCCAAUUCUCCUUGGAUUGGGGUUGAGGAUUCCGUGGCUUGUUGCAUUUUUUUGGAGGGGAAGUUGGGGUUCAUGAGACAUGGGGAUGAGAAAUGGACCCUUGUGGAUGACAGAAACUUUUUCUACGAUGAUGUUAUAGUGUUCAAGAGUCAGUUUUAUGUCACUGACAAGUGGGGUACCAUUUCAUGGGUUGAUACCUCUUCCUUGAAGUUGGUGCAGUUUUCUCCUCCCUUGUGUGGCUUUGGGAACAAGAAGCAUUUGGUGGAGUCAUGUGGAAGUCUCUAUGUUGUUGAUAGGUUCUAUGAAAGUGAACCCCCCAGAAGAAGGAACUACGUUGGACGUGCAGAUCGUGAUGCUGCGGUGGAGUUUUUCAAGGUUUAUAAGUUGGAUGAAGAGUGGGGAACGUGGGUGGAUGUGAAAAACUUAGGGGGUAGAGCAUUUGUUUUGGGUAAUAGUUGUAGCUUCUCUAUUUCUGCUAAAGAGAUAACUGGCUACCAAGAGAAUUGCAUCUAUUUCACAGACAUCUUUGAUGUUCGUAUGUACAAUUUAGAGGAUCGUAGUAUUAUGGCCAUUGACUUUGAUCCGUGCAUCGACAAGUCCCUGUGUUCUCACUCAUCCUGGCUGAGAAUUGGAGGACAAAACCAGCUUCGCAAUAACUGA